CUACCGUAAGGUCCGUAACACGUUAUCAAAGGAGGGACAGACAGAUCCAUUAAUUUCCUCUCUCCCUCUCGUUCUCGUUGCUCAGCUGCUCGUUGCUCAGGUUUUCUGUACCAGAAGGACAACAAUCGACGACAUCAAUGGCUAGAGGAACUUCACAAUCUCAGGCUUCAUCUUCUUCGACAUCGCGGCCAGGUACUAUGGCGCCGCGUGGUUCUGCGGCAGCAACCGCCGGGAUGCGGCGGCGGAGGUUAGGUGGUGCUAGUGGUGGUGGCGGAGGAGGAGGUGGGUCCGGCGGAUUCGGGGGUGGCGGGGGUGGAAGUAACAUGUUGAGGUUCUACACCGAUGAUGCCCCAGGCUUGAAGAUCACUCCUACUGUCGUCCUUGUCAUGAGCCUCUGCUUCAUCGGCUUCGUUACCGCUCUCCACGUCUUUGGAAAGCUAUACCGCUACAGAUCAAGUAUCGGACCUCAGUUGAAAGUCACGAAACCAGCGACGACUCCGUCUUCUCAAGCUGCGCGAAGACCAUCGUCCUUGUUGUUGCUUGAACCUGCAGGUUAUGAAUAUCUUGUUUACUUGAAAUGUGUCUAUGAAGUUGAUGUACUUCUUUAA